AUGGCCACAUCAGCCCCACUGAGGAGCCUGGAAGAGGAGGUGACUUGCUCAAUCUGCCUUGACUACCUGCGGGACCCCGUGACCAUCGACUGUGGCCACGUCUUCUGCCGCAGCUGCACCACCGAUGUCCGCCCCAUCUCAGGCAGCCGCCCCGUCUGCCCGCUCUGCAAGAAGCCUUUUAAGAAGGAGAACAUCCGACCCGUGUGGCAGCUGGCCAGCCUCGUGGAGAACAUUGAGCGGCUGAAGGUGGACAAGGGCAGGCAGCCGGGAGAGGUGUCCCGGGAGCAGCAGGACACCAAGUUGUGCGAGCGGCAUCAGGAGAAGCUGCACUACUACUGCGAGGACGAUGGGAAGCUGCUGUGCGUGAUGUGCCGGGAGUCCCGGGAGCAUAGACCCCACACAGCUGUGCUGGUGGAGAAGGCUGCCCAGCCCCACAGGGAAAAAAUCCUGAACCACCUGAGUACCCUAAGGAGAGACAGAGACAAAAUUCAGGGCUUUCAGGCGAAGGGAGAAGCUGAUAUCCUGGCUGCACUGAAGAAGCUCCAGGACCAGAGGCAGUACAUCGUGGCAGAGUUUGAGCAGGGCCACCAGUUCCUGAGGGAGCGGGAGCAGCACCUGCUGGACCAGCUGGCGAAGCUGGAGCAGGAGCUCACAGAGGGGAGGGAGAAGUACAAGAGCCGGGGCGUCGGUGAGCUCGCUCGGCUGGCACUGGUUAUCUCCGAGCUGGAGGACAAGGCACAGCAGUCGGCUGCAGAGCUCAUGCAGGACACCAGAGACUUCCUAAACAGGUAUCCACGGAAGAAGUUCUGGAUUGGGAAACCCAUCGCUCGGGUGGUUAAAAAAAGGACCGGAGAAUUCUCAGAUAAACUCCUCUCUCUGCAGCGAGGCCUGAGGGAAUUCCAAGGGAAGCUGCUGAGAGACUUGGAAUAUAAGACAGUGAGUGUUACCCUGGACCCGCAGUCAGCCAGUGGGUACCUGCAGCUGUCAGAGGACUGGAAAUGUGUGACCUACACCAGCCUGUACAAGAGUGCCUACCUGCACCCCCAGCAGUUCGACUGUGAGCCGGGGGUGCUAGGCAGCAAGGGCUUCACCUGGGGCAAGGUCUACUGGGAGGUGGAGGUAGAGAGGGAGGGCUGGUCUGAGGAUGAAGAUGAGGGGGAUGAGGAGGAAGAGGGGGAGGAGGAAGAGGAGGAUGAGGAGGCAGGCUAUGGGGACGGAUAUGACGACUGGGACACAGAUGAGGACGAGGAGUCGUUGGGUGAGGAAGAGGAGGAGGAGGAGGAAGAAGAGGAGGAAGUUUUGGAAAGCUGCAUGGUGGGAGUGGCCAGAGACUCUGUGAAGAGGAAGGGAGACCUCUCCCUGCGGCCGGAGGAUGGGGUGUGGGCACUGCGCCUCUCCUCCUCGGGCAUCUGGGCCAACACCAGCCCUGAGGCUGAGCUCUUCCCGGCGCUGCGGCCCCGGAGAGUGGGCAUUGCCUUGGAUUAUGAAGGUGGCACUGUGACUUUUACCAAUGCAGAGUCACAGGAACUCAUCUACACCUUCACUGCUACCUUCACCCGGCGUUUGGUCCCCUUCCUGUGGUUAAAGUGGCCGGGAACACGCCUCUUGCUGAGACCCUGAGCCCUGAUGCCUGCCCUGGCCCCACACCCAUGAUGCUUCACUUCUCUGGAAUUCCAGGACUCUUGACUGGGGAGAGGGUGCCCAGCCACAGCACCUGGAACAGGGCAGACGAGGGACCCCAUGUUCACUGCCACCCACUUUCCCAUCUCUGUGGCCCCUAAGACCUCUCAGUGCUGUUGCCCUAACCAGGCUCUUCUCCCACCUCCUGCUGGCUUCCUGUGGGAACUUCUGGCGUUGGAGUCCAUGAGGGCGCUUUUCCCUCUUUUUUGACCACUGCCUUUGCCCCUGCUUUGUAUCUUUGUUGAAUAAGGAGCCAAGGCAACAUUUUCUUGCUCAGUAUGGCAUCCUCUGCCAGCUGGUGAAACAAGCAGUUGUUUACACCUAAGACCGUUUUGCUGCUGUUAAACCCCUGUAGGUUCACCCUGCCCAAAUCCACUCUGCUGCCUUUGUUGGCAUUUUAAACAGACCUACCCCCACCCCAACUCAGAGUUAAACAUACAUGAAAAUGCUGAAAUUAAACUGAAUGAAAAUCCACUGAGGCUUCCCAGGCCAUUUCAGUUAGCUACCUGGCGUGCCAGUGGAGACCAUCUCCUUGUGAGGCCCAGAAUGGGGUCCAUGCUUCUCUGAAACCAGGGCUGAACAUACAUAGUUUCCAUAGCAAAUGAGGUGGGACUCUUUGGAGCCAACUGUGGUCUUGGGAGAAGGAUCUAGAUACAUGUGGCUUUGGGGUAACAGCUGUGAUCGUUGAUCAAUAAAUUGUCUCUGUGGAUUGAUCCUU